AUGAAAUACAAGACCCACCUCCAAAAUCACACCAACUGGACUAUUGCAUUGGAUCGCGGCUACUUGGAUAUUUUCAAUGAUGCUUUCAUCCUAGAUGCAAAGUAUGAAGCAACAACUGGAGCUGAAGUUGCUUCCAAGCAAGUUCACUUGACAAAACAAGAUCAAUUGGCAACUGCAUUGGAAAAUACACGAGAGCUUUUUGAUGGCAACCUUGGACACUACAAACAGGAGAAGAUACAUUUGGAAGCUGAAGACGGUGCCCUACCAAUUCAUUCCAAAGCCUAUUCUGUUCCUGUGAAACACCAACACUCUUUUCUCAAGGAACUUUGGCAUUUGGAAUCAAUCAACAUACUCAAGCAAUGUGGUCCAACUGAAUGGGCCACUCCUACAUUCAUUAUUCCAAAGAAAGAUGGAAGAGUACAAUGGAUCAGUGAUCUUUGCAAGCUCAACAAGGUUCUCAAACAAAAAGUAUAUCCUUUGCCAUUGAUUGAUGAAGUUGUCUCUCGUUGUGCUGACCACAAAUUCUUUACCAAACUCGAUCUCACAAUAAUGUAUUAUUCUUUUGAGCUUGAUGAUGAAAGCAAGGAAUUGUGCAUGGUCGUCACCCCAUAUGGAAAAUAUCAGUACCAACAAAUGGCAAUGGAAUUGAAGCCAGCCCCUGAUGUUGCUCAAUGCUACAUUGAGAAGACAUUGCAUGGUUUGAAGGAACAAGAUGUUGAAGUCUACAUCAAUGAUGUUGGACUCUUUUCUAACUCUUAUGAAGAACAUAUGCAAUUCAUCAAGACUGUUGUCAAACGACUUCAAGAGGCAGGUUUCAAAAUUAAGCCUUUGAAAUGUGAAUGGUGUGUUCAAGAAACCAAUUUCUUGGGCCAUUGGUUGACCCCUGAAGGUGUCAUACCUUGCAAGAAAAAGGUCGAUGCAAUCCUAAAAAUGAAUGCUCCUCGCAAUUACUGA